GCCUCCACUAUCAGCGGGGAUGCCUACGGUCACAAUGCACAAAUAUCUGAAGAUUUUUUGAAAAUCAAAUUACAAGUGGUCUUUUGAAAAAAGCAUUUCGAUUCUUUCGCAGACAUGGCUGGAUAAACUAUCGGAACUCCAUCUACCUUCUAGAUCCAGCUGUCGAACACGCCAUUCGCAGCUUGUUCUGAGUGGGCAAACUUGCUGAGUUUUUUACAUUUACUUAUUCAUAUGCUGAACGCUCUUGAGCACGAGGCGUAAGCAAAUAUGAGGGCCUUUUUUCUAUAGCGUUUCUGUUCAAUGAGGAGGUCAUGCUCACCUGUAACAAUCUCUGGCAAGGCGGCGAAUGCUAGUGCCGGAAAGUCGGACGAGCCCCGUCACGUGUCGCGGGCAACGCCAGACCACUAUUUACUCCCAUCUAGCACUUGACUCCCCACAUACCAACCACCAUGCUGGAAGAAAACCAAUUCAAUGUGCAAGGCUAUAAUAUAGUUAAUAUUCUCAAGCGCUUAGAGCAGGCCACAUCUCGUUUGGAGGAUAUCACCCAUUUCCAAGAGGAGACUUACAAGUCAGGUACUACACCCAAGGUUGGAAAUGACGUGGUCAAAGAUCAAGCCGAAGACCCCGAAAUCCAGUCCAGUCUUCCUCAACCCGAGUCGGAAGAAAAGGUGAAGACUGUGCGCGAAUUUGAAGACCUCGUCAAAAGCCUUGUAGAUCCUUUCGUCGAAAUCCUGCUGAAGAUCGAUCUGGUGGUGGCAGAGGUUGCUGGCAAUUUCAGAGACGCCUUCGUGGCACAAACUCGCUUCUUGGUCAUUGUGUCGCAGACCAAAAAGCCAGAUACUGCGGACCCGGCCUUUAUGGAGGCUUUGCGGCCAAUCAACGAGAAGAUCAGUGCUAUUAGCGCAGCCAAAGACGCCAACCGCCGUUCGGAGUACUUCAACCACUUGAACACAUUGAGCGACGGAGCUCCUGUGCUUGGGUGGAUUGUCAGCGAGACGCCAGUUUCCUUUAUCUCCGAUAUCAAAGACAGCGCCCAGUUCUGGGCAAACAGAGUCAUCAAGGAUUUCAAGGAGAAGGACGCGGUGCAUGGUGAGUGGGUCAAAUCCUUCUAUGCCAUCUUUGAUGCUUUGCGUGCAUAUGUCAAGGAAUACCAUACUACUGGGCCCUCGUGGAACCCCAAGGGUAAAUUAUUGAAAGAGACUUUGGCUGCGGAAUCGGCUCCUGUUGCAGAUGGACAGAGUCCAGUCUCUGGUAACGGAGCAACCGGAAUUGCGCCUCCACCGCCCCCUCCUCCCGCUCCCCCUGCUAACUUGUUCGAUGAAGCAUCCAAACCAGAGAACAGUGGCGGGCUUGGUGCUGUAUUUGCCGAUUUGAACAAGGGAUCUGACGUGACGGCUGGUCUCAAAAAGGUAGACAAGUCUCAAAUGACACACAAAAACCCAGAGUUGAGAAAGCAGGGUACUCUUCAAAGAAAGCCAACGCCUCCCAAGAAGCCUACAGCGUUAUCUACAAAAACCAAUGUUCCACAAAAGAAGCCUGCCCGUAAAGAGCUUGUGGACGGGUCGAAAUGGAUCAUUGAAAACUUCACUGCUAUGGAUGCCCCUGAGCCGAUUGUGAUUGAAGUUGAAAAAACGCAAUCCGUUUUUAUCGGAAAGACCAGUGGCGUCACCAUUCAAAUUAAAGGCAAGGGAAACGCCGUGUCCAUCUCCGAGACGACCAAGACCGGUGUUGUGGUGGACUCCUUAAUCUCUAGUGUUGACGUCAUCAAGUCUUUCAAAUUUGGAGUGCAAGUCACUGGUGUGGUGCCAUUGAUAAGUGUGGAUAAGUGCGAGGAAGGCAGCAUUUACUUGUCGCAAGAGAGCGUUGACGCCGACUCACAAGUGAUUAGCUCAAACACCACAGCCUUGAAUAUCAAUGUUCUCGAUGGCGACGACUUCGUGGAGAUCCCUGUUCCUGAGCAAUUGAUUCACACCAUUAAAAACGGAAAGUUGGUUUCCGAAGUGGUUGAGCACGCAGGGUGAGACUACUUGGUGAAGUUGCAAUUUGCAGGUUCAGGCGGCGCAAGGAAUAUCGCAUGCGCUUACAUCUUAAGUAUUACGCACUGGUCGAAAUAAACUGUUUCAGAAGCUAGACAUAUCAAAGCUCAGGCAUACGAGCGUUAAAAUCGCAAUAUGCCGUGAUUACUAACUGACCGGGAUACUCCCAGUCUUGGGGGGAUAAUCAUAUGCUCGAUUACAAUCGAUUCCCCACAUCAAAAUUAUAGGAGUGCGAUCAUCAGCCUACAGAGAAGGUUCUUUCAUUUUGUUUUUGUGUUUUCCUCUCUUUUUUUUUUUCAGACGCUUUUCGUCCCCUUUUCUUUAUGCCUUCUGCAACACCAACAUUAUCCGCCG